AUGAUAUGGAAACCAGUCCCAGCGGACAGUGGAGUGUACAGCUGUGUGUGUGCUGACCAGAAGACUUCAGCUAAUGUCAACAUUAUAGCCCUUCCAGUCACGUUUAAGCAGAAGCUACGGAAUGUGGUGAUUGAAGAAGGAAACGUUGCUAUUCUGCGAUGUGAGCUUUCCAAACCUGGGAAUUAUGUCGAGUGGAUGAGAAGAGGAAAGGAGCACAUCCGUAAUGGAGAGAAAUAUCACAUCAGGCAAAGGGAGACGCUGCUGGAACUGAGAGUGUUUGAUGUGUCGCUGGAGGACAGCGAUAUCUAUACAUGUGUUUGUGAAAACAUCGAGACCUCUGCCACUCUCACUGUGAACGCUGUGCCAAUCACCUUCAGACAGAAACUGAAAAAUAUUCAAAUUGAAGAGGGACUGAACAUUAAUCUUCAUUGUGAGGUUUCCAAAGCCAAUGUCCCCGUAGAGUGGAGUCGUGGAGGGGACCUGUUAGAGAAUGGAGAAAAGUACCAAAUCAAACAACGAGAUAAAUACCAUGAGAUGAUUAUUAUAGAUGCUGAACCAGAGGAUAGUGGGGUCUACAUUUGCAAAUGCAGGGAGCAAAGGACCAAGUCUACUGUCAAAGUUGUUGCUAUUCCUGCAACCUUCAAAGUGGUUCUCAGGAACCAGCAGAUUGAAGAGGGAAGCAGCGUGACUUUGCGUUGUGAGAUCUCCAAGAAGUGCGUGUCCGUGCAGUGGCAGAAGAAUGGUGCCAUGAUAUCAGAGGAAGUGUCUGCAGGGAGGUAUCAGAUCAAACAAGAAGGAAAGACAGUGCAGCUGACGAUCACUAAGGUCCAAUUGGAAGAUGGCGGAAAGUACAGCUGCAUCACUGGAGAUGAGAAAACAUCAGCUGAACUUAAAGUUAAACCUCUUCCUGUAACGUUCAAACGAGAGCUUCAGCGCAUUGUUGUCAAAGAGGGGGCUAUUGGGACGUUCAGCUGUGAGCUUUCCAAAGCUGGGGCACCAGUUGAAUGGCGAAAAGGCAGACUCCUCCUGAAACCAAGCCCCAAAUAUGAGAUGAAUCAGGAUGGUAAAAUAACCAAGUUAGUCAUCAACAAUAUAGAGGAUAUUGAUGCAGGCAACUAUACAUGUAAGACCACAGACAGUCAAACUACAGCCGAGCUCAUUGUGCAAGACACUCCUCCAAGUUUUAAAACGCGUUUACGUAACCAAGAAGCGAUGGAGGGCAGCAGCGUGGUCCUGUGCUGUGAGCUGGACAAACCCGCCUCCUCAGUGGAGUGGAGAAGACGAGGAGAACUCCUCCGGAAUGGAGACAAGUACCAGAUCAAGAAGAAAGAGUCUGCGCUGGAACUGACGAUAAUGUCACUGGAUUUGGAUGACAGCGGAGAAUAUACCUGCAAAUGUGGUGAUCAGAGAACAACCGCAACUGUAACAGUCAAUGAACCUCCAAUUAAAUUUGUCCAAGAACUGAAAAAUAUUGAGGUGCAGGAAGGAAACGAAGUCACUCUCUGCUGCGAGCUGUCCAAGCCAGACUUCUUUGUGCAGUGGAUUAAAGGAGAUACUGAACUUGCAAAUGACGAUAAGUAUCUGAUAAAGCAAAAUGGGUGCAUCAUGGAACUUCAUAUCAAGAAAAGUCAACCAACCGACAGCGGCAUGUACAGCUGCAUCUGCGACAACAUUAAAUCCACUGCAAACGUCAUCAUCACAGCUAUUCCGGUGAUAUUUAAACAAAAACUAAAGAACCAGGAAGUAGUGGAGGAGGGCAACAUGACUCUACGCUGUGAGCUGUCCAAGUCUGGAGCCGUGGUGGAGUGGAGGAAAGAGGCCCAGCUUCUGAUCAGUGGGCAAAAGUACCAGAUGAGGCAAGAGGGAAGAGUGGCCGAGAUGGUGAUUAAUGACUUAACUCUGAAAGAUGGGGGCGAGUACAGUUGCUCUGUUGGCAAUGUUGUGACGAAGGCUGUCAUCAAAGUAAGAGAGCUACCAGUUACGUUUAAGAAAGAGCUGGAGAACCUUGAAGUGAAAGAAGGGGACAGUGCUGUUUUGUGCUGCGAAAUUUCAAAGCCCGGUGCAUCUGUGGACUGGAGAAAAGGCCGUGUUGUACUGAAGCCAGGGUACAAGUAUGAGAUGAAAUGGCAGGGAUCUUUUGCAAAACUGAUUAUCAACAACAUAGAAGAGGAGGAUGCUGGCAAGUACUUCUGCAAGACCAAGGAUAGCCAAUCAGCAGCGGAGCUUACUGUAAAAUCUCCUCCAGUUACAUUCAAGACCAGACUGAAAAAUCAACAAGUGGAGGAGGAGAACAGCUUAACCCUGAGUUGUGAGCUUUCCAAACCUGGCCUGACUGUAGAAUGGUGGAAAGGAGAAGAAUGUCUGAAAAGUAAUUUUAAAUACCAAAUCAAAAACAGAGAAAGCGUCAAGGAGCUUAUCAUCAAAAAUGCACAGUUGGAUGACAGCGGACUCUACACUUGUACCUACGGCGAUGUCAAGACAACAGCCAAUAUCACUAUUACAGCUAUUCCUUUGGCUUUUAAAACUGGACUCAAGAACCAGGAAGCAGCUGAAGGAGCAAACGUUGUGCUUCGGUGUGAGCUGUCCAGGGCUGGAGUGCCUGUGCAGUGGUGGAAAGGAGAGGAUCAGAUUUAUCAUGGAGGAAGGUUCCAGUUGAGUCUCAGUGGAAAGGAAGCAGAGAUGAAGAUCAGAAACAUCCAACCAGAAGAUGUUGGCGAGUACAGUUGUGUUUUUGGUGAACAAAAGACGACAGCUGAAGUGAACGUGAGAGCUGCAGCAUCAGUGUUCUUUGAAAAGGAGCUGCAGAACCAGGCAAUAACAGAAGGAAAACCUGUCCUGUUCUCCUGUGAAGUUUCUAGCGCUAAUGUCCCAGUGACUUGGAAAAAGGACAACACCACAAUUGAAGAUGGAAGUCAAUUCAUUAUCAAGAAGAAAGGACCAACGCACACACUUGAGAUAAGGCGUCUGGAUCUUCAAGAUGGAGGAGAAUAUUCUUGUAUUACAAGGGGCAAAAAGACCACUGCUAAACUGGUGGUGAGAGAGCGUGUGAGAAUAGUUAUCGGUCUUAAAGACGUGACAGUGACCGCUGGACAAAAUGCGGUGUUUCUGUGCGAGCUGAGCCAUGCAGACGUGACUGAGGGUGUCUGGUGGCUGGGCUCAUCUCCGCUGCAGAAGAACGAAAUGAACCAGAUGAUCUGUCAUGGCCGACAACACCGCCUGGUCCUUUUGAUGACCACUCCUGACGAGACCGGCACAGUGGCAUUUGUGAUUGGAGAAGAAAGAACCUCAGCUCAACUGUUGGUCUCUCCUAAACUGCGAGUUUUGUUUGAGGAGAAACCAAAAGAUGUUUCAGUCUUGGAAGGCGAAACGGCAACAAUGUCCUGCAAAACCACUGAUUUGACCUCCCAAGUUACAUGGAGGCGUAACCAUAUUCCUCUUCAUAAUAGUGACAAAUACAAGAUAUACAAAGAUGAUGUGCAGAGCACUGCAAAACUUACAGUGACAGAACUUCCACCAUUUUUCCAAGAGGACUUGCAAUGCGUUGAAGCAGAGGAAGGAGAGACUGCCUCCCUGUACUGCGAAUUGUCCAAACUUGGAGUCCCGAUACAGUGGAAGAAGGAUAGUCAGAAAAUUAGAGCCAGUAGAAAGUAUGAUAUAAAGCAAGAUGGCUGCUUCCUCCAGCUGAUCAUCAAGGAUCUUAAACAGGAAGACAGUGGCAGUUACAGCUGUCAAGCAGGGAAUGCAGAGACCACAGCCACAGUUCAGGUCAAAGAGCCGCCGCCGUUCUUUAAGAAACCCUUACGAAACACUGAAGCAAGUGAAGAAGGUAUUGCUUGUUUGCAGUGUGAGUUGUCCAGACCAGGGGUACAGGUCCAGUGGAGGAAGAACCGGCUGCCGCUCAGAGCUAGCAGAAAAUAUGAGAUGACCCAGACUGGCUGCUGUGCUGAACUUGUGAUAAAAGACGUGACACCUACAGAUAAAGGGCAAUACACAUGCCAAGUAGGAAGCAUCGAGACAUCAGCCACCGUUUCAGUGAAAGAACUCCCUCCAUUCUUCAAAGUGGAAUUACAACAUGCUGAAGCUGAUGAGGAAGAUUCAGUUUCUCUGUAUUGUGAAUUGUCAAAGCCAGUAACGACAGUGCAGUGGAAGAAGAAUCGACUACCACUAAAAACCAGCAGAAAGUAUGAACUUGAACAAGAUGGAUGUCAUGUCUAUUUGCAUAUCAAGGAGCUUGAUCUGGAAGACAGUGGAAGCUACACAUGUCAAGCAGGAAGCAUCGAGACAACUGCAACUCUCUCAGUGAAAGAACAUCCAUUGUUCUUCAAGGCAGGCUUACAAAAUAUUGAGGCUGAAGAAGAAGGGACCGCCUCCAUGUGUUGUGAAGCGUCCAAGCCUGGAGCAUCAGUACAAUGGAAAAAGAACGGUGUAUUGUUAAGAGCCGGUAGAAAAUAUGAAAUGAAAGAAGAUGGGUGCUACAUCCAGCUUCUCAUCAAAGAUGUUAAACCAGAAGAUAGUGGCAGCUACAUGUGCCAAGCCGGAACUACAGAGACCACGGCUAAACUGUUUGUAAAAGAGGUUACAGCAGUCAUUGUGGAAGAGCUCCAGAAUGUUGUUGCAGAAGAAGGAGGAACUGCCACUCUGGCCUGCGAACUGUCCAAGCCUGGAGCUUCAGUCCAGUGGAAGAAGAGCAGACAACCACUUAGAGCCAGUGGCAAAUAUGUGAUGAAGCAGGAGGGAUGUUGUGUACAGCUCCUUAUCAAAGACCUAAAACUGGAGGAUCGAGGCAUCUACACAUGCCAAGCAGGCACUUCUGAAACAACUGCAAAAUUGACUGUCAAAGAACUCCCUCCCUUUGUGAAAGAACUGGAGAGUGUGACCGCUGAAGAAGGUCUCUCAGUCUCUCUCUGUUGUCAGCUUUCCAAACAGGACGUAGUUCUGUGGAAGAAGAAUAGGCUGCAACUGAGAGCCAGUGAAAAAUAUGAGAUGGUACAAGAUGGGUGUUUUGUUCAGCUAAACAUAAAAGAUCUUGAGCUUGAAGAUGGUGGAAGAUAUACCUGCCAAGCAGCAGGGGCAGACACAACAGCCACUCUGACUGUUAAAGAGGUGCUCCCCUACUUCACGGAAGACCUUGGAAAUAUGGAAGCGCAAUGGAAAAAGCAGCGACUGCCGCUCAGAGCGGGCAGAAAAUACAAAAUGAAACAAGAUGGUUACUAUCUUCAGCUCUGCAUCUCUGAUUUGAAACUUGAAGACAGUGGCAGCUACUCGUGUCAUGUAGGAAGUGCAGAGACCGCCUCAAUGUUGUUGGUAAAAGAACAACCAUUAUUUUUCACAAAGAAGUUACAGAGUACAGAAGCUGAGGAAGGCUCCCCUGUGAUGUUUUCUUGUGAAAUUUCUAAUCCUGGGCUUACUGUGCAAUGGAAAAAGAAUGCAAAGCCUUUGGAAGUCAACAAUAAGUUUGAAAUCAAACACAGUGGCUGCUACCAUGAGCUCAUGAUCAGAGACCUUACACCUGAAGACAGUGGGAGCUACACAUGUCAGUCUGGAAGCACAGAGACUACUGCUACGUUAUCUGUCAAAGAACACCCUUUAUUUUUCAAGAAGGUUUUACAAAAUGUGGAGGCCCAGGAAGAGGCCGCAGCGGCACUGUGCUGUGAGCUUUCUAAGCCUGAAGUCUCUGUGCAAUGGAGAAAGAACACACAGCCCCUGAGAGCCAACAGAAAGUAUGAAAUGAAGCAAGACGGCUGCCUUCAGUAUCUCUAUAUUCAGGAUCUCAGACCUGAUGACAGUGACAGCUACACGUGUCAAACUGGAAGUCUUCAAACCACUGCUAGACUUUCAGUGAUAGAGCUCCCAGUAUUCUUCAAGAUUCCCUUACAAAAUGUGACAGCAGACGAGGAGAGUGCAGCCUCUCUCUCCGCAGAGCUAUCUAAACCGGGGGUCUCUGCUGUGUGGAAGAAGAAUCAUCAGCCACUGAGGCCAAACAAGAAAUAUGAAAUAGCACAAAAUGGCUGCUGUGUUCAGCUUAACAUAAAGAAUCUUAAACUUGAGGACAGUGGUAGUUAUACUUGUCAAGCAGGAACUGCGGAAACCUCUGCAGCCCUUUUGGUUAAAGAGCUUCCACCGUUCUUUAGAGUUCAGCUACAAAAUGUGACAGAAGAGGAGGAAGCGGCUGCCAUAUUGUCAUGUGAGCUGUCUAAAGCUGGAGUCUCUGCCCAGUGGAGAAAGGACUGUCAACCAUUGCAGAUCAAUAGAAAGUAUGAAAUGAAGCAGGAUGGCUGCUGUCUCCAGCUUCGUAUUAAGGAUCUUAAAGUUGAGGACAGUGGCAGCUACACAUGUGAAGCAGGACACGCACAAACUACUGCUACAGUGGCAGUAAGAGAGAAACCUGUAUUCUUCAAAAAAGGCUUAGUGAAUGUAAACGCAGGAGAACAAAGUCAAGUUGCCUUGUGCUGUGAGCUCUCCAAACCUGUACCAUCAGUACAAUGGAAGAAGCAUCAGCAACCACUAAGGACAAACAAGAAAUAUGAAAUUAAACAAGAUGGCUGUCUCCUUCAGCUUCUCAUUAAAGACUUAAAACCUGAAGACAGUGGUAGCUAUAUAUGUCAAACAGAGAGUGCUGAAACUAUGGCUACUCUUAGAGUAAAAGAGCUCCCACUAAUAUUUAUGGUCCAGCUGCGUGAUGUGGUGGCAGAGGAAGGUAGUACGGCCUCUUUGUCCUGUGACUUGUCUAAACCUGGGUGUUCAGUUCAAUGGAGAAAGAACAAGCAACCUCUGAGGGCCAAUAAAAAAUAUGACAUUAAACAAAAUGGCUGCAACCACCAGCUUCUUAUCAAAGAUCUGAACAGUGAGGACAGUGCCAGCUACACAUGUCAAGCAGGAAGUGCAGAGACCAAUGCAGUGCUGUCAGUUACAGAACUUGCUCCAUUCUUCAGCACAAAAUUACUGAAUGUUGAUGCUACAGAGGGCAGUAGCAUUUCCCUCAUCUGUGAACUCUCGAAGCCCCGAGUGUCAGUGCAGUGGAAGAAGAACCGAAAGGUGCUGGGCUCCAAUGAAAGAGUGGAAAUGAAGCAAGAGGGCUGUCUUGUUCAACUAACCAUCAAAGAUCUGAAUCUGGAGGACAAUGGAAGCUACACGUGCCAGGCAGGAAGUGUUGAAACAACAGCAAAUGUACUGGUGAAAGAAGUUCCAGUUUUCUUCAGAAAAGAACUAAAGCAAGUUGAAGUUGAUGAGGGAGUCGACAUCACUGAUGUUGGUACUGGACCUGGCCUACCCUCCGUCACUGAGCAGGAGCAGAUUUCCAUUGAAGAUGAACCCGAAAUGUUAGACGCUGCUGUCAAGAUCCAAGCUGCGUUUAAAGGCUACAAAACUAGAAAAGAGAUGCGACCGAUUUUCAAAAAUGUCUUCAAAAACCAGACCAUAGAGGCAGGUAAUAUAGUUUCUCUAGUCUGUCAUAUUGAGGGAAAGCCCACCACAGUGCGUUGGCUGAAGGAUAGUCAAGCCAUAACUAGUGAGAAAAGAUGCUUCUUCAAGACUAAAGAGACCGGAGAAUCGACUUUGAUAAUUAGCAGCGUCACUACCAGCGACAGCGGUGUGUACACUUGCGAAGCUGUCAAUAAGUUUGGGGUGACUUCGUACAAUGGAAAUCUCACAGUUGUACAAGCUGUCCAGGGAUUGGCUCAAAGGCCGAUACAUCCGCCGUUAGCAGCCAUCGCUCCUCUGCAACCUGCCCCCGAGGUACAGGCAGAAACUAAACUAUCAGAACCAGAAAACUAUGUAGAAAAUGUGGAAGUGUCUCUUUGGGAGGCCUACAAUCUAACGGAGCAGGAUGCCCAGAGGGGUCUGCAGGAGAGGCGGGGUUCCACUCUUUUCAGUGCCAGCUCAAUGUCAAGUCCCUCCGAUUAUGAAACUGCACCAGAUGUAUUGGAACCGGCUGAAACGGUUGCUUUAAAAUCCAGGGAAGUCAAAGCCCAGUCUGUUGAACAUGAAACCCCACAAAAUAUUCAAGAACAAAUUGCACAGCAGUCAAAACAGCAGCUGAAAAUCAAAGAAGUUGAGGGCAAAUUGAGGAGCCUCUCUCCCAAGCAUCAUCGCGCUCAGACCCCACAGACUACCACUGUGUCCCACUCCGAUUCAGAAGGAGAGGAGGACACUAAAGAGACAUUCGAGAUUUAUGUGGCUCGAGCUGACUGCACUCCUAACAGUGGAAAUAAAGACAGUUUUAUUCUGAAAGAGGGACAAUUUAUUGAGGUCUUGGACUCAGUUCACCCGGAUAAAUGGUUGAUUCGGACCAAACCAACCAAAACAACCCAAUCUCGCCAGGGAUGGGUCUGCCCUGCGUAUCUGGAGAAAAGACGGAAGGAAGCAUUCCCACAAAUGAGACCACUACAAGAUGAUCUGGAUGGAAUCGACUCAACAGGGGAAGAGUACAGGAAAGCCUCAAGUCAACUUAUUCAAGGCUUGGUUGAUGGAGAAGAGGAAUUUGUAAAAGAGAUGAGAGUGUUCACCUCCCAUCAGUUACAUUAUAUUGACACCAGUCGACACAUUCCCUCAAAUGUCCUCGCUCAGAAAGAAGUCAUCUUCAGGAAUGUCCGGGACAUUGUGCUUCUGCACGAGAGAACCAUCCUUCCUGGUUUGAAAAAUUGUGUCACAGAUGAUGAUGUAGCUAUGUUUCUCCUCAAACACGCCGAAGACUUUGAGAAGUAUCUUCAGUACAUAGCGGGACAGGCUCAAGCAGAGAUGUGCCUCACAGACAAAUCUAUCCAACAAUAUUUCCAAGAUUUGCCAGUAACUAAACAUGGGGACGCUUCUGACAUGGAUGUCAUAACUUUCCUCCAGAGACCAGUAGAGAGAAUCCACACAUACCAAGUUUUGUUAAAGGAGUUGAUCAAGAACAAAGCAAAGAGUGGCCAGAGUUGCUGUCUGAUGGAAGAUGCUUUCUCCAGUGUUUCCUGUUUGCCUUCGAGGUCGAACAACCUGCACCAUGUGUCACUCAUUGAGAAUUACCCUGCUCCUCUCACUGCACUGGGAGAGCCUGUGAGACAGGGAGUUGUUACAGUAUGUGAAGAAACUCCAGAAAUUAAAUCUCCCACCAGAGGGCACCAGAGACAAGUGUUCCUUUUUAAAGAGUGCCUUAUUCUGUGCAAAGUGAAAAGGGACACGAGCCUGAAUACAGACACAUAUAUGUUUAAGAACAAAAUGAAGCUCAAUGAUGUGGAGAUAAAGGAGAGCAUUGGAGGCGAUGAGCGGUUGUGGGGGCUGUGGCACGAGCACAGGGGCUCCAUGAGGAAAUACACCUUUCAGUGUCGUUCUACUCUGGUUAAACUGUCAUGGCUGAAGGACCUGAAGGAGCUGCAGCAGCGCUCUCAAGACUCCACAAACUGUCCACCUAUGUUUGAGUCAGUGCUGUCAGAUUGCACAACAAAAAUUGGACAAACUAUCAAACUAUCCUGCAAAAUCACUGGAUGUCCAAAACCAGACAUCAGCUGGCUGAAAGAUGGUCUGUCUUUGGAGGAUGACCCCCACCACAUUGUCACCACAGACCGGACAGGUGUGAGCAGCCUCAUCCUGGACAGCCUCACUCCUGAGGACUCGGGACAGUAUAUUUGUUAUGCCACCAACUCUUUGGGCAGUGCUGGGUCUCUGGCUAAAGUUGUUGUUCAAGCACCGCCAAGAUUUGUGAGCCGGUUGGAAAAUAUUUGCCUAAUCGAGGCUGAAGACAUCUCUUUCACUUGUUCGACUCUGUGUCUGCCUUUGCCUCGAGUCCGAUGGAUGAAAAAUGGCUGUGAAUUAAAUGAUCAGCAGAAAUACUUCAUCCUGAAUGAUUCUCGAAGUGGCAUUUUGUCUCUGACUAUUCUCAAAGCAACAGAGUCUGAUAUUGGACAAUAUGAGUGUGAGCUAACAAAUGAAUUUGGCUGUGUCAAAUGCAAGGCUGGUCUUUGUCCUGCUUAUGUUCCACCCACCUAUAUUGUCAAUGAGCCGAAGGACUUACCUGCUAAAGACGCUGACUCGGAGGAUUGGUCUUCUGUCUUUGUUCAUAAAUGGUUACAGACAGAUUACUCGCCAACUUCUGUCACAAAGAUGUUUGUUCCAUCUGAGUCUGCCCAAAGUCCUGCAGAACAUGUUCCUACAUCAGAAGCUGAACAGCCUUUGUAUUACCUUGAAGAAAUGGAGGAGGAGAUCUAUGUUCCAGAGCCCAUGCAGGAGAUUACAGAUGCUCCUCCCUGUGUUCAAGUUCCAAUUGAGGAUUUAUCAGUGGAGCCUGGUCAAACUGCCACAUUUACUGCCAUCAUCACGGGAAGACCUGGGCCGAGCAUGAAGUGGUUCAAAGAUGAAGACGAGCUCCAGGCUAAUGAUAACAUAGAAAUAGCCCAACACGGGGCACGCUGCGCUCUGACCAUAGUGUGUCCAGAAGGAGAGGACAGUGGAAUAUACACGUGCUUCGCCUACAAUGAGUCUGGGCAGGUUUUGUGUCAGGCCCAGCUCACUGUGGUCGAAGGUCUGCUUGAGUCUCAGGAGAGAGAAGUGGACUUGGGGAGGAGAAGAAAGCUCUUUUCUGUCUAUGAUGUUCACGAGGAAAUUGGACGAGGAACCUUCAGCGUUGUGAAGCGUGUUGUUCACAGAAGAACAGGGGAAGUAUUUGCUGCCAAGUUUUUACCUUUGAGAAACAGCACUCGCACAAGAGCCUUCCAGGAGAGGGACCUGCUGUCUCGCCUGGCUCACCCCAGAGUGGCCUGUCUGCUGGACUUCUUCUGCACCAGACGCACUCUGGUCCUCAUCACUGAAAUUUGUUGCUCUCAUGGACUAAUGGACCACUUGUAUAUGAGAGGAUCUGUUGCAGAGAACGAAGUUCAGUCAUAUAUUCAACAAAUCCUAGAAGGUAUUGGCCACAUUCACAGCGUAAACAUCUUGCAUCUAGACGUCAAGCCGGAGAACAUUCUAAUGGUGUACCCUCCAAGAGAUGAAAUCAAGAUCUGUGACUUCGGCUUCUGUCAGGAAAUAGACACAUCUCGACAUCUCUACAGUGUGUACGGGACACCAGAGUUUGUUGCUCCUGAGAUUGUUCACCAAGAACCUGUUAGUGUGGCCACCGACAUUUGGGCUGUGGGUGUGAUUGCAUUUCUGUGCCUGGUGGGACGGUGCCCUUUCGUUGGAGAGUCGGACCGUGCCACCCUGCUGAGAGUGGGGGAGGGCACCCUUAACUGGGACGCCCCAGAUGUGUUGCUCCGGAGUCCUGAAGCCCAACACUUCCUUCACACUGUCCUGCAGCCAGACCCUGAUAAGCGGCCAUCUGCCUUUGAGUGCCUGAGUCAUGAGUGGUUCCAGGACGACCACGCAGGGGAAGAUACCGAUGAGAUCAACAUGAGAAACUUGAAAGUCUUUUUGUCAAAAAGGAAGUGGCAGCGCUCCUUGACCUGUGUGGGCUCUGUGCUCACGCUGCGGCCUGUCCCUGAGCUGCUGGAUGCCCCUCUUCGGGAGACUGCAGUCACAGUUCCCCGAGAGCCCCACGAGAGCAGCAGCUCCGUCAGCAGCUCCUCCUCCGAGUACGACGAGGCCGACUCCUGGGACUUCUUCCAACACUACAGUCCGACCGAGGAAGAGGAGGAUACUGAAGAAGACUACGACCCUAUGGUAGAGAGGUCGCAAAUACCCAAGCCUUUCAGUCGGGGGUUUUUGGAAGAGGAAGAGGUGAUGCUGGGAGAUGAGGAGGACGCAGAAAUUAUGGCAGGCCGGAGUGUAAUGGAGAGAAGUCUAAGCAGGCAGUCUGCGGAAUCUUCGGACAUGUCUUUCCACCAUACGCCUCAAAGAGAUCGCAAGUUUAGCAAAGACAGCUCCCCAUCUGUGUUAUCUGACGCAGACGAUGGUUCUGGGAGUGAAGGAGGGCGAAUUCCACGGGGCAGUGUCAUCCGAAGUACUUUUUACACUUCGUCUCAGCAACUCUCCCCUAUGUCGGCGCGGCACAUGUCUUUAAGGGACAAAUUCCGAUCAAAAAAGCAGGAAAGAGGUCGGAAGCCACUAAGGAGGAGCUUCUCUGGUCGUUUGAAUGAACCUCUGAUUGAAUAUGUGGAGGACGAGACCGAGGCUAUCCGUGUACAGAGACGUGGAUCGAUCCAGCCUUCAAUGCAGAAAUCUUGCUCUUUUGACAGUGGCGUGGGACUACCGCAGGCCAAUGUUCCACCGCACAGAAGGAGUCGAUCCCUGGAGAACUAUUCUAGAAGAUCUCCCAGCUCGCCUAUACGCAGCACACCGGCGGAAGAAGACGAGAGAUCACACAGCUUAAAAGAGGAUUUGACUGAAGAUGAAGAGACCUCACUGACUUCAUCUCUUGUUAUGGAACAUGGAUCAGACUCUUCAAGCAGACCUGGGUCAUUUGACGAGCUCCGUCACUUCCGGACAAGAUCUGCCACCAGUGAGGGCUACGACGAUCAAGCUGAGCCGCUAGUAUCCUCCUCAGCCGGCUCCUUCCAAGAGCUGGAUUGUGUCGUCAAACCCAAAGCUCCUCCUCGAAACCGGUCCCGUUCAAACCAAAGUCUUAACUCCAGCACUCAGCCAAGUCCAAGCCCAAGUCUGUCCUCUUUGCAAGCUCCCAACAGGCCGCCAAGAGCCAAAGACAAAAAGGAUAGCCAGACCCUCCAGAGACACGCUUCUGCACCGGCUUUAGAGGUUCAGCCAUCACCAGGAAGGUCGCCUAAACUGGGAUUUUUCAAGAUUUUCCGAAGACAGUCCUGGACGGGGCACUCCUACUCUGAGCUUGAUGACACAGGUUUGGGUCCGACAUUAGGACAGAUCAUGAAGCCGGACACCCCCACUAUGUCUCUGAGGAAGAAAAUGAGAGCUUCUGCUUCCAGCCUGACCAAGCUCUUCUCCAGGUCUAAAGAGGAUGUAAGCAAAGGGGGGCCUAUUUUCAAAGGAUCUGCCCCGAGUACCCCAGAAUUAAAACAUGGAAACGGUCUUGAGGUCCCAAAAAGAAAGAAAUUGUUAACUUCUUUGAAAAUACCUGUUUUCAAAAAGCCAAAAGUGCGUCCACACAAACCUGAAGUGCUUCGGCUUGACAGAGGUGGAGUCUUGGUGGUGUGGAAACCAGUGCAGUCCAGUGACAAAUUCACUUACUGUGUUCAGUACUCGUCAGAUGGAGGUGUGUGGAUCAGCCUGAGCGAUGAAGAGAGCGACUGUUGCUACACGGUCACAGAUUUGCCUCGAGGAGCUUCGUACGUGUUUCGAGUGGGCUGUGUUACAAAAGGAGGAGCCGGGCCUUUCAGCGAGGCCUCUGUGCCCAUUGUGAUGUCCACACAUCCUGAAGAGACUCACAUUCCCCUCAUCGUUACGGAUCUGCUUGGAGCAAAGGCCACAGGACAACACAGGAAUUUCAGCUUUUUAUCUGAAAUCAACAGGGGUCGUUUCAGCGUUCUCACACUUUGCAGAGACGUGGAGACCAGUCAGGUGUUUGCUGCUAAAAUCACUCCGUACAAACCAGAGCAGAGACUGUUGGUCCUGAGGGAGUACCAGCUGCUGCGGAGGCUGCAUCAUUACAACCUGGUGUCUCUGCACAUGGCCUUCCUGACGCCCGCCUACAUGGUCCUAGUGGAAGAGCUCUGUCCGGGGAAGGAGCUGCUGUACUGUCUGGCAAGCAGAGAGCUGUACGCCGAGUCCCACGUGGCAGAGCUGCUGGUUCAAGUCCUGAGUGCAGUGGACUAUCUUCACGGACACCGCGUCAUCCACCUGGACCUGAAAUCUGACAACAUGAUGGUGGACGACUGCGAGCACCUGAAGAUCGUGGAUUUGGGUUCGGCCAUGUCCUUCACCCCGGGUCAGCCAGUCCAUGUAGAGCACAUCCAUGGAGUGUCAGACAGCAAAGACUGUCGCGGCAAAGAUUAUAUUGUUCUCCCGAAAGCUCCUGAAAUCCUGGAAGGUCAAGGAGUUGGACCGGAAACUGACAUAUGGGCCAUCGGAGUUCUGUCGUUUAUAAUGCUCAGUGCCGACACCCCGUUUUACGCAGAGCUGGGCUGGGAGCAGGACAGAAAUAUAAAGAAGGGGAAAAUACAGUUUGGACACUGUUACCCUGGGCUGUCAGAGGGGGCGCUAAACUUCAUGAAAAGUACUUUGAACAACAAGUCCUGGGCCAGGCCAUCGGCUGCAGAGUGCCUUCAGAACCACUGGCUGCGAGCUCAUCGUGGGAUCUUGAAGGGCCGCCACUCCAAAGUGUGUUUCUCCACCGAUAAACUGAAGUCCUACCUCAGCCAGAAGGAGGAGAAACGAGACCAGGUCCACACCAAGCUCCAGGGGCCCUUCUUCCAGUAA